AUGCUUAACCUAGCUGCUGUUCCUUUUCCCGAACAGCCUACGGUAGCAGAUGUUUUCACAUUCGUAUCCACACACCCCGACAGCAUCGAUUCCCAAUUUCAGUUCAACAACUCGCUGUUCGGCUCGUUCGAUGAUCCACUAUUUCAAGCACGAGCCGCUCAAGCAGCUCUGGCUGAUAUGGAUGUAAAAGUGAACAUCACAAAUCCUUUGAUGCGACCUCACGACAUGUUCAGUAACUAUUUGAUGGGUUCCACGCAAGACCCAACCAACAUCUAUCACGGCCUACCAGCCACUUCUGAAGGUUUCGAUGCAUCUGUUCUAGUACCGACCUCAUCUGAUCAGGAUCAGAUGACUCCUUUGCAACAG